GGACGAAGUAACGUCUUUCGGUUGUUUCUGUACGUCGUUAUUGGGAAAGAAUUUUCGGGAAGGACCCGCACUCCGGAACCCUUCCGAGGAACCACUUUCGGUCCUAACACCAAAACAAACUGUCUAUUUAUUUUUGUCCCCGGUCGUCGUCGCCGUCGUUUGUUGAACCCAUUCGUUCGUUUGUUUUCCGUUCCGAAUUUGGAACCCGUGCGUCGUCGUCGUGAGUGCUUCCGUGUUCGUGUUUGUGAGACAUUGUGUCCCAUGUGACCCAUCGGAAUAAAUCAUCCUUUAUCAACAGCAAUCAUAGAAGAGACCUUCUGCUGUUGCCUGUUAUAUUCCGAACCCAUCUGGGGCCUCGUCAGACCCCAUCCCAUUCUUAGAGCCGGAUCCCCGGGGACCCAUUCCGAAGAAAGGCUGGGGGAGGACCGAAAUCGGCGCUCUGAAAAUCUUGUAUGGAACUCAACCGAAAAGGAUGUUCAAGUGCUGUGACUCUUCCAUCAUUAGUUCCGACUCAUCACCGCCAUAAUGGCCCAUAACUUUGUCAAGAAAUGUGAAGAAUAUCUGCUGAACAUUCCCACCGGUCAUCAUCAAAAACCACAACCGAAACCCCGGAAACCAUCAUCUCCUACUGCUGGGCCCUUGAGUUCCACAUCAAUUGUAGGUCAACGGAAAUCGGUUGGAUUUGGAAGAGGUGGCGGGGGUGGCGAUACCAGCAGCGGCGAAAAUCCAUCAUCCGGGCAAACGACAUCCGGUCGGCCGCAAGCGGCGCUAAAUCGACCGGCUACUGCUGCUGCUUCUGGCAAUCGUCGUCGACUUGAGUCCUCCUCGUUGACGACGGCUUCAAAUCCAAGAAAAGUGGCCUCGGCCAUUCGAGAAAAAGUACCGCCCAUCAAUAACCACCAACAACACCAAGCCGUCAGGCCUCCCACACCAAGGACUAUCGCCAGGGCCAUUGCGAGCAGCCGAUCCUCCGCAAUCGCCCAAAGCAACCCUACUCUGGGACCCGCCGUUAACCCGGGAUCCAGAACACGAAUCUCUAACCAGCAGCAACAACAGCAACAGCAACAGCCAAGGCAAAGCAAUACCAAAUUUAUUCGGAUCUGUUGUCGCCAGAAAUUGGUCGUUGAUGGGGCGAAUCCCUCACAAGCUGCUGCUGCUGCUGCUAGGGAUGCGAUGAAAAAACGAGAUCCUUUUAGGCCCCAAUCGUUGCAGUUUCCAGCUAAAUGUGUCGGCACUGCUGUAGGAGGAAGUCAAGUAGAGGAAGGCGGUGGGGAUGAUGGUAAAAGUUUUGGGACUUUGAGGGAUCCCGGAAAACGACACGAGCCAAGUGAUAAUGUCAAUCAGAAUGACAACAACGUGCUGGCUCUGGUGGAGGAAGAGGAGGACGACUAUGAGGAAGAACUGGAGGAGGAAGUCGAAAAUCCACCGAACAAAAACAGCUUCAACAACCAGGACGAAAGUGACGGAGAUUGUCAGGAGCAGCAACAGCAGCAGCGAUUGGAAGAUGAUGGACAACCUCGACUGAAUGGUGGAACCGGUACGGUGGAAGGAUUCGGGCCGAAGAGAGGAGGGUCUCGUGAACAACGAGGCCAGAAACAUUUGCCAAAUCAAAAGAAAAACGAUCCUGGGAUCCGGAGGGCGGCUGCUGAAGGGGGAAUCGAAACGUGGGGAGGAAUUUUGACGACAGGAAAGGCUUCCGGUUGUUCUCCGGCGAAGACGACAGCAACGACGAAGGUGCAGAUGAAAUCAAAGGAAAUGGAAGAGCAUCGAAAAGGUACCACUACAGUGUCUCUCAUCAACCAACAGCAACGAGGAUUCGCCAUCAGCAGCAGCAGCAGUUCAAUUUCCUCCUGCAGCUCAUCGAGACCGGUCAGUUCGAUAGCAGCCGUUCCCCCGCAACCAAGACCCUCCCUCCCGGAAGCGACCAAUCCUACUUCCGCCCCCGUCCGCCCGACCGGAAAUGACGGGUCAUCAUCGUCGUCGAUGUUGUUGUUAGAAGCUCAGCAAAAGGCAGCCCGGGAGCAACGACGGGCUAAUUUAUUCCGCUUCGAUCCGUUGAGGACUCUUCAAUUUUUGACGCUUGAGCUCAAGUCCAAACUCAAGGAGUUUUCCGGCACAGCAAACAAACAUCUGUACCAGAUAUCCAAGGAACAGCUGCUGGCAGUGAAAGUCUUGACUGAAUAUGUCCAGGAUAUGCAAAACCACCUAUCAACUUGUGAAGCAAAUGCCGAAAAGAAAUCUGAAACGAAGACUCAUAAGAAAUCUGGCAGUUCAUCAUUAUCUAACGCUUCGGAGGAAUGCACUUCCUGUUCCGAGUUGCGGAUCGCCCUAAACCAGGAACACGAUCGAAAUUCAGUCCAGUCUCAGAGCCAGCUGGAUGAAAUUAAUCACCUCAAGGAUCAGCUGGAUCAGGUCCAACAAAAGCUUACCGCGAGCACCGAAUCCCUACCCCAGCAACUUCAGCUGCUGGAACAGGAACACCGGCAGGAAAUCAACCAGAUGCAGGUUACUCUGGCUGCUCAAAAAAUGGCCGAUAGCACCGCUAUCGAAGAUUUGAACCGGAAGCUGUCCGAUGCGGAUAUCCGCUUCCGCCAAACGGAACAAGCCCGUCAAGAGAUCGAGGGCCGGUUGCUCCAUGCUACUUUGGAGAAUGAACGUUUGCAGUUUCUGCUGAGCUCGCAAACCUCGACCAUGACCAAUCUGCGGAGCGACUUCAACGCAAUCCAAACACUAGCCAACCGCCAAAUUGACCUUCUCGACAAAACGGCGGCGGUGCCCGGGAAUGACGGCGGCGGCGGCGGCGGCAAACGUCGAGGUUUGGCCAAAGCCGUCGCUGUCUUGAACCAGCAGCAAAACAACCACAAUUGCUGCAACAACAACAACAAUGAUGGCGGCGAUGCUGGAGGAAAAUGCAGCUGCCAGGAUAAUCACCAUCGCAAUUAUCGUCACCCUUUUGCAGAUUCGUCGCCGCCAUCCACCGGCAUGGAACCAGAAAAACCUGCAUCAUCUAGGGCGGUUAACCACCACCAGAAUCAGCAUCAGCGUCGAGGAGGAAGGUCGGAGGAAAAAACCCGGAAGCUCCGGCACCAUUAUGCCUUUAAAAAUGUCGCUGAAAAAGAAAGUGACGACGGUAAUGAUGCUAACGAGUUGAAUUUGCCACCUCCGUCCUCGUCUUUGCAGCCGCCCCCAAUUCAGCCGGAGUUUAGGACCAGUGGCGGCUCACCUCAAUUGUUCCCAUCAUCACCGUCAUCGGCUGAUGGAAUUCCUCCGGUUACAAACGUCAGAAAUGGUCGGGAAAAAUCCUACUCGAAUCGCACCUCCUCCUGGACUUCGUCUUUCAAUGCGGCGGCUGAACUUUUUACGAGUGCAUUCCAGCAUCAUCAGUUCCCGGGACCGGAAGCUGGAAAUCAUCUAGUUCGGCUUCCUCAACAACAACAACAUCAUCGCUCGGUAGCACCCAACAGCCACAACAAUGGCGACCGUGACAACUAUCAUCGCGAUGACGUUCCUAUCGGAGAGGAGCAUGGAGGACGUAGAGUUCGGUUGGUGACGACGACGAGUUCGUCUUCGUCUAUUUCGUCUAUCGUUACUUCCUCGUUACCAUUGUCGACGGCAAGUUGCCCAUCGUCCUCGUUGGCGUCAGGACGGUUUGACUCGGUUAAGCGGAAGCUUUUGAUUGAUUCCGAUUGCGAGUCACAAAAGUCCCCGGAUGAGGCUCGGGAGCCGAAUCUUUGCCGCAAAAAUGGUGCCAGUUUUCGAAACGAUGGGAGCAAAAACGGCAAUCAGCAGAGCUUUUCCGGAAUCAGUACAGCCGCAACCGGUAGGGAUGUAAACUCUUGGGAACAGCAAAACAAAUUUUGGGUGAAAGGCACCGUAUCUGAGACAACUCUGUUCCGCAAUGGUGAGGCACCGGACCAGGCCGAGAACCCGAAGAACCGAAACCCCAUUACGGGAGUGCCCGUUGAUGUCGUCAAUGAUGGUCACUACCGAGAUGAGCAGCAACGACAACAACAAGAAGGGGAACAGCUACAUCAUCGUCAUCAAUGGAAGCAAAUUCCCAACAACAACAACAACAACGACGGGAAGACUAAUGAUUGCGCCAGCAGCAGCAGCAGCAGCCUUGGCCGAAAAUGGCCGAACCAACCGGGACUAAUGCUGCCGGUAACGAGUAUGGCGGCUAAAAUUUCCACCACCACUCCUUCAGAGGAGGAACCGGAAGGAGCAACAACAACAAUCCUAGCGGCUGCCAAAGGCCAUCAGUCUUCCGACGCUUGGCCGUCGUCCGUCGAGACGCUUCAGGAACAUCAACAUCAGAAGCAGCAGGACCAGGACCAGGACCUAGACCAGCAACAGCAACGACAAAGAAAGGACCGAGAAAAAUACCCUAGGGAUUAUGGUGAUAAAUUUGAUCGGCAGCGUGAAACUCCGCCAUUACGGGCACCAGCAGAGGCAGCAGCAGAAAAGAAGCUUUACCAAAAUCGACCGAUAAUAGGUCAGAUUAGAAGGGCGACGACGACGAUGACCGAUGAUGGUGGAGCAGAAGGGGAGCUCAAAAAAGGGAACAGGGCAGCUUUCAAUGACCUUAGCGAGCGACAGGGGCCAGGCCUAGUGGGUUCUAACUCCGGAAGCAACAACGAGCCUAAGUCGGCCCUGGGCUCGGAACAGGCCACCGGUCAAGGACGACAACGACCAAGCUCGACGACGAAGGAGGAGGAGGCGUUAUGUAUUGACUUUGAAGACCUUUGAUUUCGACCUCCUCAACAAUAACACCGAGUAGCGAGUAGUCAAGACGUUAUCGUGAUUAGCCUACACGUUGAUUGGAUUGCCACAUUUUAACACCACAGCAGAGCAUCGAAACACCCACAACCAAGCCAGGUCGAGUCAAGCAAAUAACCUAGAAGUAAGAGAGAGAGAGUUGACCAAGAAUUGGGUGUGCGGUUUUGUCGUUCGGUUUUGCCGCAAGCGUAGUUUUCCUUUUGGUUUCGGGAUGUUUCCCAAAGGAUAAGAACGACAACGACGACGGUGGCGAAAACUGUGGUUUAUCGCUGAUGUUGAUGUUCUUCUAAUUAGGUUUAUCCUCCAUUCCCCGCUGUUUCCACUUAAACCUCAAAGCGUCAACAC